AUGGGCCGUACUGCUGCAUCCCGCACUAUAGCCUCGAGGGGCUCGUCAACUGCGGUUUCAAAGAGAAAGCGUGCUGUCAAGAAAGAAUCGAUUCCAACUCCGGCGAAGAGCUCUCGCAAAGGAACUAAAACAAGCUCAGCAGCCAGCUCAGAUCCAACGAAUGCUCUCGAUGAUCCAGAAAAUGUCAACCAGAGUAAGAAAGCCAGAAGCUCGAAGGGCAAAGAGACAGGAGAGCAGGCCUCUGAACGCCGCGCCCGAAGAUUUCGCAAGGCACCCCCAAAGAGCUUCCAGGAACGUUUAGAGCGUGCAGUUACCCAGCGCAUGUUCGUGGUUGGACAAACUGUUGAUGGCGCGGAUGGAGUCCCGGAGAUGAAGUUUGAUAUGGUUGGGUCGACUGGGAACUUGUACAGGACAACCAUUGGGAAGGAACCGACCUGCAGUUGUCCUGAUGGUGCGAAGGGGAACCAAUGCAAGCAUAUCUGCUACGUCCUAGUCAAAGUCCUAAAAGCUCCCAUACAUCUGCAAUACCAGCUGGCAUUCCUCUCGACGGAACUGUCCGAGAUUUACGAAAACUCCCCCCUCCGUCACGUCAAGGAAAAGGCCGAAGAAUCCGAGACAGAUGGGAAGCGCAAACCAGUGGAGGGCGACUGUCCGAUCUGCUUCAUGGAGUUUGAACCCGGCAAGGAGAACAUCAUAUGGUGUCGAGCGGCGUGCGGGAACAAUGUCCAUGCCAACUGCUUUCAGAAGUGGGCUGCCACCCAGAACUCGCGAGGAGUCCGAUGCGUUUAUUGUCGCUCCCCUUGGCAAGUCGAAGAUGCCGACGGCAGAGUCGGAAUGGACCUGGAACAACUCCGCACGCAGGGCCAAGUCGGGGAAGACGGAUAUAUCAAUGUGGCAAGCCAAAUGGGCAUGUCUGGUGAACGUGACUAUUCAACAUAUCAUCAGCACUGGGUGCGCCGACAAUUCUCUCGCUCUGGCUGGCGUAACAGCUAUGCGUACAACUACGACGAAGAUUAUUAG